ACCGAGAGGUUAUUUCUGCUUGUGUUUAUAGCAGGAGGUUGGAGCUUAGCUUCAGUAACUAAUUUUGUGAUUGCGCUCCUUUCGGGGUCAUGUGAUUGGACAUUAUUGUUGCCAAUCAAAUUAUCUUCCAAUAUGAUUGGACAAUGAAGGCCCACUCUGAAAAUUCUUAGAUCCUAUUGGUCAAAACUGUUUUUAAAACACGGAAGCAGGAAGUGUUUCUUAUCUUAAAGCGACGGUGACCAACUAACAAGGGCUGCAGGGAGAUCCAAUGUUGGAGAUGCGAGCGGCGUUACGCCUGGCUGUAGUUGCAGUUCCCAUGGGUGUGCUGCUGUCCCGCACCAUGGCGUGGAUGUCCAGUGGCAAAACGCAUUCAGAGCUCAUCAGCAGACUCAGAGAUCAUGGAGUUAUCCGCAAUGACAGAGUGUUUGACGCCAUGCUGGCCACUGACAGAGGGAUUUACUCCAGAGACUAUCCUUAUGCAGAUGCUCCACAGACAAUAGGCUACAGGGCAACCAUCAGUGCACCACAUAUGCAUGCACAUGCAUUGGAAGUGUUAAGUGACAAGCUGACUGAAGGAGCAUCUGCACUGGAUGUGGGCUCAGGGAGUGGAUAUCUCACAGCCUGCUUUGCAAGAAUGACAGGUCCUAGUGGCAGAGUGGUUGGCAUUGAACACAUUGAUGAACUGGUGCAAACGUCUGUGAAAAAUGUGCAAGCUGAUGACCCAGAACUGCUUUUGUCUGGACGGAUACGAUUUAUAGUGGGAGAUGGACGAAUUGGCUUUCCAGAUGGGGCCCCAUAUGAUGCCAUUCAUGUUGGUGCAGCUGCAGCUACUGUUCCUAAAGCUCUCUUAGAGCAGCUGAAGCCAGGCGGGAGGUUGGUUCUUCCAGUGGGCCCUGAAGGCGGCAGUCAAGUGCUAGAGCAGUAUGAUCGUCAAAGUGACGGGACCUUUCUUAAGAAAGCUUUGAUGGGAGUGGUUUACGUUCCCCUGACUGACAAGAGGCAUCAAUGGCCAGGAGGGGAGCUCUGAUUGCAGUGUGGCUGCUCCUGCAGGAGGUGGCGCUGGUGCUGCGUCUCUGGGAUCCUGAAGUUCUCAGCAAACUGAUGUUUUCAUAACCCCUCUGCUCCACUGGGCUGACACCUAGCAACAAACCACAGGGAUCGUUCUCCUGGGCAGAUUGUCUUUGUGGGGAGCUGAACGUAUAAGUGACUGAAUAAGUGACCUCUGGGUUACAAAUUAACCUGUGCCCAUAAUCCUCAGAGUAAGGAAAACAGUGAUGUGGAUGAGAAAUAACAGAUGUGCACAAUGUUUAUAAAGGGAGGACUGCGGGUCAAAAGAGCUAUUUUGAAAAGCAAGUGUAAUUGUUGUUUGAAGUGUUUUAGUUACUGGUUGCUGUCAUUUUUAUUAAAAGCUAAUACUGCUGUUGGUAA